AUGAUCUCAUUGGCUGCUCUGCUGGAUUUUUUCUCACAGACAUUUCCUCCUCCGCCCUUCCUCUUAAACCUUCAGACAUGAGCGCUUGGAAACCUUCAGAAGACGUCUGGUCUGCAACAUGGAGGGCUGGUUCUGCGUUGUUCUCAUGUUGGCUGUUCCUUCAACCAUCACUGUGGUAUCUCUCAGCAUCACCUCAGCAUCUCCUAACACCACUGACUGUACAUCUCCUGCUGUCCUUACUACCACUGCUGUUCAUGUCAAUGCUCGCUCUGUUAAUAAGCAAACCCCUGCUUCCACUGCAAACAUCAUCAUUGGCCUACAGAGACCUGCUGGAACCAUGGAGAGCUCACCUCCACUCACUGUUCCUAGAAGCUCUCCCACUGUCGACCCCCUAACUAAUGAUCCUACCACUACUUUCAACAAGUAUACCAUCACUGAGGGUCAAACAACUGAAGAACACAGUACAGCCCCCCAGUUCACCACUGCUGAAGGUCGUCCAACAACUCUAUCAACACCUGAAGCUACGACAGCUUGGCUUGCAGCUACUACUUUAUCGCUUCAGACAACUGUCUCCUCUACAGCCGAUCAAAUCUCCACGUUUAGCAAAACUACUACCGCUGACAGUCAGGCUACUACCACCCCAAACCUUGCAACUAAAGAAACUACAAGAACAGCCCCCCCAUCCACCACUGCUGACACUACAACUGGAGAUACUACGACUGAGCCAACAGAGACUAUUCCUCUUUGGACUACAUCAGUAACUGACACUGCUACAGCUACUCCCAUUCCUACUACUACUACUCUUUGGACAACACCAAUGAUUGAUUAUACUGAUUUUGGUACAACUCAGUUUACAUCUGUUUUUCCUUCUGAUUCUCCUGCUACUACUCCCAUUCCUACAGCUACUACUACUACUACUCCCGAUACUACCACUACUACUUCUCCCACUACUUCUACUCCUACUACUCUUUGGACAACACCAAUGAUUGAUUAUACUGAUUUUGCUACAACUCAGUUUACAUCUGUUUUUCCUUCUGAUUCUCCUGCUACUACUCCCAUUCCUACAACUACUACUGCUACUACUCCCGAUACUACCACUACUACUUCUCCCACUACUUCUACUCCUACUACUCUUUGGACAACACCAAUGAUUGAUUAUACUGAUUUUGCUACAACUCAGUUUACAUCUGUUUUUCCUUCUGAUUCUCCUGCUACUACUCCCAUUCCUACAACUACUACUGCUACUACUCCCGAUACUACCACUACUACUUCUCCCACUACUCCUACUACUACUACUACUACUCCCACUACUACUACUACUACUAGACCCACUACAAAGACUCCCACCAUCACCACCUCUACUCCUACAACUGCUGCACCACUGAAUUGUUCUAAUGGGGAUAAGGUGGGGGGUGUCUGCAUCUGUCCUGACGAAUGGACUGGAGAGACCUGCUCAGAAGUGAAUUUCUGCCAUGAAACAACUUUGAAUGGAUUCAGAUUUCCAAAUACAACCAGUGGUUGGUUUGCAUAUUCAAAUGAAAUAUGUCCUAAAGAAACUAGUGGAGCUGGUACCCCCAGGGCUUCAACCAGAUGUUCUUCCAGGGGUGGGACACCAGAAUUUGACCCACCUCAAGUCUUAGAGUGUGAACAGACACUCAAAGACAUCCAAAAAAAUCUGACCAGUCUAGCAGACCUGGAGAUACUGGCAUCCAGCACUCAGCUUCUGACCUCCAGACCUGGAGACCUGACAGCUGAAAACAUCACAGUAGCAGCUCAGAUCGCCAACACGCUGCUGCUGUCUCCAAACACCUCUGAGUCUGUCAGGGUGGCAGCCGUCGCUACCGUCAGCCAGCUGCUCAAUGCCACAAAGUCCCAAGAGAUGGAGGAGAGCAACACAACUCAGAGCCUGACGCUGACUCUGGAUCAGCUUUCUUUGAACCUCAGCCUGACCAACAACACGUCACAGGUGGUCCAACCAAACCUGGUGGUCCAGUCGGCUCAGAUUGUGGCUUCAGACACUCAGGGAGUCCAGUUCACCGCCUUUGCAGGGCUGUCUGGCAGCUUUGUGGCCAACAGGAUUCAGCUGAACACCAACGUGUCAAAGGUUACCGUGGACAAUGGUUUCAUCGCCGACGCUCUGGUUCACAUCCGCUUCCCAUCAGAAGGGGGCGUUGAAGGGAGCCAGCAGCGGCCCAACGUUUCUCUGGGCUUCGUCCUCUACCAGAACAACCGCUUCUUCCCGUCGAGGCUCUACAGGAGGCAGCAGGCCAGAGUCAGGGUCCUGUCAGCUAGCAUUGGGGGUCCAGAGCGCAGCGUGGUGCCGCAGUCUGUGGAGAUGCAUUUCAGAAUAACACGGCCUGAUAAAACAUCUCUACAUGACUUCUCCUGCGUCUUCUGGGACUACGGCCAGCAGGACUGGAGCACCCAAGGCUGCUCCAAGGGAAAUGCUUCAGACGGAGUUCUGAGAUGUUUGUGCAACCACACAACCAACUUUGCAGCUCUCUGGUCAUUCAGAGAAAACUACGAGUAUGCAGAAACCCUGGGUGUGAUCUCCAUCGUGGGACUUGCUUUCUCCCUCCUGGGCCUGGUUGUAACCAUCAUUCACCACCUCAGAGAGAAUUUCCAGAAGAAACCUCGGAAUCAACAAACCAAACUCAACUCUAAGGUGUCUCUGCUCUGUAUCUACCUCAGUCUGCUGGCCUUCAUCAUCACCUUCUUGUCUGGAGUCCAGAACUCCAGCCCUCAGAACAGCACCAUGGAGGAGCCCAGCGAUCAGAACCACAUCCCGGCCUCUGAUCGGCACGUGGAGCCGGAUCGAGGCUCGUGCACGGCAGUGGCAGCGCUUCUGCACUUCUUCCUGCUGGCUACCUUCUCAUGGAACAGUGUGUACGGCACCCAGCUGGUUCUGCUGGUCCGCUCCAUGCACCGCAGUCUGCCACCAUACUGGACUCCUCUCAGCUUGGGAGUCGGAUGGGGAGUCCCAGCCGUUGUCAUGGUGAUCACACUGGCAGCGACCUACAGGGUGGAGAACCCUCUGGGAUACAGACAGGAGGAGUUCUGCUGGCUCGCCGCUCUGGACCUGGACAAACACUUCAGCUUUGGGAAACCCAUGUUCUGGGCUUUUCUCCUCCCAGUGGGCCUGGUUCUGAUCUACAACACGGUCCUGCUGGUCCUCACCUCUCUAACCACCUGCAGGGUGGAUCGCCAACUCACCAGCACCAGGAGCUCCUCCCUGAACAAGAGGUUCCUGGUCAGUUUCUCUCUGGCUGUGCUGUUGGGAUUAUCCUGGACUCUGGGAUACUUCGUCCUGGUUACCAAGGAAACCCCGCACCUGAUCUUCAGCAUCCUGUUCUGCCUCUGUACCGCCACACAGGGGCUGCAGAUCUUCAUCUUCUUCACCGCCAGAACACAGAGCUUCAAGGCCUCCAUGUGGAAAUCCAUGCACUACAUCCGCUCAGCCAGCAUCCCAUCAAACUCCACCAAGUAUUAUCUGUGGAGGAACUCUAGGAAGACCAACUCCUCAGAGACAUACAGGGACAUCAUGGACCAAGACACCAGCGUGUAGAACCAGGAAGUCUGGUUUGUAUGAUGGGAUGAAGUUGUUCUGAUGGUCCAGCAGAACAAACACCAACCGCUUAUCCAUCAAAUCCUGAGGGAGAACUAACCUGCUGCAACAUGCUGGACCAAACUGCUCCAUCACCGGGUUCAAACCAGUAUUUAAAUGGAACAAAAGCAGAACUUUAAUUUGACCAAAUGAUGUAACGAUCAGUUAUUGAUUGGUUUGUUUAUAAAGAGAUGUUUGAUUUUACAUGACAGGACCAAUGACUGCUGGACCCCACCUCUAACAUGGGUGGAUGAACUUGGGGGUGGCGUGUUCUGGAUUCAGUUGUCUGGUUCUGGGUCAUGAAGGAUGGAUCUGGAAUUACCCGACAUAAUAAAAGCUUAAAUACAGACAAAUGAAACUCUGCUGACUUUUCCACACCAGGUUGGUUUGUAGAACUGGAUCAGUUCUGAACAGCCCUCAGUGGUUCUGCUUAUUAAUCUGGGCCUAAAUGCAGGAAGCGGAUCCAUCCUGGUGAUAAUAAAGAAGCUUCACUACUAAUGGUUAUUUUUAUUUCUCAAAUUAAAUCUGACCUGAUGGUUUA